UUAUCCAAUAUAUGAAACCUAUAAAUGUAAGUAAUGUACUAUUGACACACUUUAUGUUUUGUCGUUGUCAUAUACUUGGUGUAUUUUAUUUUUUAGAAGAAUUUAUUAAAAUGACGUAUCGUUUUUUUCUCAUUGUUUGUCUUCAGGUGUUUUAUCAGAAUGCACACUCUCAAGCCAUCAACCCAGCCAUAGAACCUGCUGAAGUUACCAUCACCAAAACAAUAAUCGAGAAUCCCUUGGACAACCAACCAAGUUCCACGGAGGUCCCUACCGUCAACCAAGAAUAUGGUCCAUGUGGUCUGCCAAUCCAUCUUUGUCAAUGCAAUCGCCGACCGGAGGUUACCGUGACUGAAGGUUACUCUACUGUUCUUCAAUCUGAUGCUGCUCAAUCGAUUUGUCCGCGAUGUGGUUUGUCAGUCGAGCUUUGUAAGUGCGGUAACGGUCGAGAGGUUGCUGAAGAAGUCAACCAGCCGAAGUUAUGUUCGAGCUGCGGUCAACCGGUAGAAUUAUGCAUAUUUGGUGCCCUUUCAGCGGUUGCUCCCGCAGCUACUGAAGACAACCAAUCAAAGCCUCAAUCUAUGUGCCCUAAAUGCGGUCGCCCGAUAGAACUAUGUAUCUGUGGUUCCUCUUUAGAGGUUGCUCCUGAAGCAGCUAUCGUCAACCAGCCGAAUAAUCCUUCUUUAUGCCCGAAUUGUAGUCGUCCGAUCGAGCUAUGUAUCUGCGGUAACCCAACGGCAGUAGUUGAAACCUCUCCGGUGAUUGAAGGUAUCUCUCCUGUAUUUGAAGGUACCUCUUUUGUGGUUGAAGGUACCUCUCCUGUGGUUGAAGUAAUUUCAACUGAGGGUAACUCUCGUGUUGUUGUCUGUCCUAAAUGUGGUCGUUCUGUGGAAUUGUGUGUGUGCUCUAAGGAAACUAGUGCCCCUCAUAUGUGCCCUCACUGUGGUCAUCCGAUUGAGCUGUGUAUGUGUGGAGCUCAUCAUCAUCAUCACUAAUUAUCUCUUUUAAUAACCCUAAAGUUUAAAUUAGGUACCACGACAUCUUAAGUUUUUAAGACAAAAUUAAGGAUACAAAUUACAAAUUCAUUUACGACUAAAAAUUUAUACAAAGAAACCACUCUCUGCAGUUCGGUGCAAAGGUGCCCAUGAUGCUAGCAGCAUGUCCACGCUGGAUUAAGUAGGUAAUUGUUUCAAUUAGUUAAUAUACAUCUUGAAACAAUCAUUAAAAAAAAUGUAUAAUUAUUAAAAAAAAAUACUGGGGAGUUUCUUCCUGUGUUUCUUCUCUCCAGGUUUGUUUCUUGAAGCGCCAAUAAACUAAUAAAGAUUUUCAUCAAAAUGUU